GGUCUCAAAACAAACAGUUGAUCUAAACAUUGAUGCGUACAAUUAAACAUCUACAUAGUUGCACAGUGUUUUUAUAUACUGUACCUGUCAUUACGACUUCAUUGUGUAAUUUACGCAUAUUAUAAAAACUUUAAGCUUCAGUUACAUCUUUUAUAUUAUAUAUUCAACAAUAAAGAAAUGACAAUCCCUAUUUUUAGCAAAAUAAGAUCUAUUGUGUUUUCGAACACAAGAAGUCAUGUAAGACCUUUAUUUUAUUGGGUUACACUCAUGUUCAACAGAGUUGAUGAAGACCGUGUUAAAGAGGUUGGUCCUGAUCGUGCAUGUGCAGAAUGGCUUUUAAAAAAUGGAGGAUUUGUUAAAUGGAAAGAUGUUCCUGAAUUAUUAACAGAUUAUAAUGCGUUACCAAAAAAUGGGCAGCAAUAUUACAUUGAGGGUGUUGAUGCUAAUAAUGCUGGGAUAUGUGACGUAGGAUUUGAACAUUUCAAGGGAUGUAAAUAUGUUAAAGACAUAAAACUUGAAAACUGUAAAUAUGUUGAUAAUAAUGCUUUGCCAUAUUUAUCAAUUCUUAAGGAUUCAUUGAAUAAUUUGGAAAUUAUAAGCUGUGCUAACAUUAGUGAUGAGGGUCUGCUUAGCUUAAAAGUAUUGAAAAAUUUGGAAAGUUUGAAACUUCAAGGACUUAUAUAUGUCAAGAAGAAAGAUUUCGUCAAUAGAGAACUCAGUGAAGCUUUGCCUAACUGCAAAAUUGACUUUCAAUAAUUUUUAAACUUAUAUAAUAAUAAUGUGUAACUCGACAAAUUGAAGCUAUAUACAUCGAGUUUUCUUAAGUUAAUAAAUGAAAUUAAUUAUGUGUAAU